AGGGAGCGGUCGCGUGCACACGCACCGUCCAUGUACGCGCACAGGUAGACUACCUUCAUCAUUGCUCAGGUAAAUUUGGAAAUCACCGCCGCUGGACUCGAAGUAACAGGCUUAAAAGCGUAUUCACCAUUAUGUCAGUCCGCUCAAGACCUGGCUAUUAUCGCCAGGAAGUGAAUAAAACAGUUUGGGAGGUGCCGGAGAAAUACAGAGAUCUGAAACAGGUGGGGACAGGGGCAUAUGGUACAGUAUGCUAUGCAUUUGACCGGAGGAUGGGGGCAAAGGUGGCCAUAAAGAAGCUCCAUCGUCCGUUCCAGUCUGACCUGUUUGCUAAGAGAGCUUAUCGGGAACUCAGGCUGCUUAAACACAUGAAGCAUGAAAAUGUUAUUGGACUCCUGGAUGUUUUCACCGCAGACCUAUCUCUCGACAAUUUCCACGACUUUUACUUGGUCAUGCCUUUCAUGGGUACAGAUCUUGGAAAGUUGAUGAAAAUGGAGAGAAUGUCAGAGGACAGGGUUCAGUACCUGGUCUACCAAAUGUUAAGAGGGCUCAAAUAUAUUCAUGCUGCUGGGAUCAUACACAGGGAUCUCAAACCAGGCAAUCUAGCAAUAAAUGAAGAAUGUGAGCUCAAGAUCUUGGAUUUUGGCCUAGCAAGGCAAGCAGACAGUGAAAUGACGGGCUACGUUGUGACACGCUGGUACAGAGCACCAGAGGUCAUACUCAGCUGGAUGCAUUACACACAGACUGUGGACAUCUGGUCGGUUGGUUGCAUCAUGGCAGAGAUGCUGCUUGGGAAACCACUGUUCAAAGGAAACGACCACCUGGAUCAACUGAUGGAGAUCAUGAAGAUUACUGGAACCCCCACAAAAGAGUUUACUGCCAAACUACAAUCUGAAGAUGCUAGAAACUAUGUUGCAAAGUUGCCAAAACAUAGAAAGAGAGAUCUUCGGGCAUUGUUACCAAAUGUUAACCAGCAAGCGAUUCAUGUUUUAGACUGCAUGUUACUCUUGGACCCUGAAAGUAGAAUAACAGCAGCAGAAGGACUGGCUCUUCCUUUCUUCUCUGAAUUCCGUGAACCAGAGGAGGAAACCGAGGCCCCACCAUAUGAUCAUUCAUUGGAUGAGGCUGAUCUGUCAGUGGACCAGUGGAAAAGACUCACCUUCACAGAAAUUUUGACCUUCCAGCCAGGGCCAGCGGGGACGGAGUCUAAAGAGACAGCUCUCUGAGAUUGCUUGUACUGAACACUCCAAUAUUUUUUCUCUUUUCACUCCAAUAUCAUCAAUUUGCUUUGUACCAUUUGUCAAUUACAGACUUGUGUUUCCUUUUGUACUGUUUUUGUGUCCACAAAGUGUGUUGUGUGCUGUUUUAUUCAGUGUUUCAACUUGUGUUGCUCCAUUGUUGGGAACAGUUAAAUUACCAACUUGAAUUAGACCUGCAGCUAACCUGCUGAAGAACAUGAGAGCAUAAAACUUAUUCUGUGGAGAGAAUCCCAUCAACAAAUUACAAGUUAUUAUUUAAAAUUAAUUCUGUAAUUACAUUUGAGGACUGUAAUGUAAAUGUCUGUAUGCCUAUACAUCUCUUUGUAUAUGUGUCCUCUUAAAUGGCAAAAUGGCCUGUAGACCUUUAUGAGGACAAGAAAUGUUUUGCAAGUACAACAGUAUUAACUUAAUUCAAAACAGUUUGUCAACCUGGCCACAGUCACAGAUGCAGAGAAUACAGGAAAAUUGUGUUGUUUUUAUGCAGAGGUAAAUGACGUGUGCAUUGAGCAGAUUGUUUGAUUGAUCACAUUAAACGUUUGUUGUAUCUUUUAAAAUUCUUAUGAGACAGCAAAUGUAGAAUGAUUAAAAUACAGUUUUAAAAUAUUUUUUUCUGA